UGUCACUUUUUUUUCUUUGAGGCGCGCACUGCAGCGACACAAAGAAGCACAGAAAAAACACAAGGACGAAGCGUAGGUGAAGAAUUGAAGGAUUCUCAUGCUGUUCCGAUUCUAAUAUUAUUAGAAGAUGUAAAAAUACACCCUUAACAAUCCAAGACCAGUUGAUGUCGGAUGACAUUGCAUUGGAACUCGGAGAUAUGACAGGUAUGAUCCGCACGGAUUUGUGCUGAUCACAGACAUCCCACCAAGCCUGAGGAGGAAACCUUUCUACAUACUGGGCUAGGAGAGGAGAGGAGAGGAGAGGGGAGAUCGUCAGAGACUAUAAACAGUGAGGAGAGGGAAAGAAGAGGAAGAGCGCUUGGUUAGAUUGGAGCUCUCCGUUCAGAACCAAGACGUAUACAGCCUCGCCUUUUGCUGAAUGCCUCCAGUGCCACUGUUCAGUGGUUGCACAUCUGUAUAGGAUCUUUUAGUGAAGAGCAUUAUGAUGUUGGAGUGCAUGUUUUUUUUGGAGAAUCGGUUCACGUGCUCGUGGGAGCUUCUUCGGCACCGCGUGUUUUAUUUUCCUAAUUGCUAUGAUAUCAUUCUCGACAAAGCUAUUUACUUAAGCUAUGCGUAAUCGAAGACACGUUAUAGAGUUACACGACCACAACUGAUCGCGUACUUAACCUUUUCGGUUCAGUGCAACCUCUCAUUAACCGGUUCACCCAUUGCGCGCAUGUUUCCCCCGGGUCGGUGCGCGUUGCCUCGCACGAGCUUUAGGAUGUAACACCCGGCCCUCGCUCGCGACAUGCCCGAGCGACGCGAUGGUCCAAGGCGACGAGAAAGACCGAGUUGUGAUUAACGUCGGGGGGAUCCGGCACCAGACCUAUCGGAGCACCCUGCGCACUCUGCCGGGGACACGCUUGGCCUGGCUCGCGGAGCCCGACGCCCACAGUCACUUCGACUACGACGCCCAUGGCGACGAGUUUUUCUUCGAUCGACACCCGGGCGUCUUCGCGCACAUCCUUAACUACUACCGCACGGGGAAGCUGCACUGCCCGGCGGACGUGUGCGGCCCGCUUUAUGAGGAGGAGCUCGCCUUCUGGGGCAUCGACGAGACGGACGUGGAGCCGUGCUGUUGGAUGACUUACCGACAACACCGCGAAGCUGAGGAAGCCCUAGACAGUUUCGGCGGCGGGCCCGCCGACAUGGGCAGCGACGAGGUGGAUGGAGACGGACUGGGCGAACACGGGGACGGCGAUGACGAGUUGGAAAUGACCAAGAGGCUCGCGCUCGGGGACACGAGCGAUGCCAAAACGGUUGGACUGUGGCAGCGAUGGCAACGUCGCGUCUGGGCGCUCUUCGAGGACCCUUACUCUUCUAAAUAUGCAAGGUGGGUGGCGUUUGCCUCUUUGUUCUUCAUCCUGGUGUCUAUAACCACAUUCUGCCUGGAGACACACGAGGCCUUCAACCCCAUCAUUAACCGUACGGACGUUGACCCACAAGACAACAACAUUACACGAGUCUACCAGGAGACUGUGACCGAGGUCUAUCUCACUUACAUCGAGGGGGUGUGCGUGGUAUGGUUUACCUUCGAGUUCCUCAUGCGCAUCACCUUUUGUCCAGACAAAAAAAAGUUCAUCAAAAACACCCUUAACAUUAUCGAUUUUGUGGCCAUCCUGCCUUUCUACUUAGAGGUGGGACUGAGUGGCCUGUCCUCCAAAGAGGCUAAAGAUGUGCUCGGGUUUCUGCGUGUGGUCCGAUUUGUGCGCAUCCUCCGAAUCUUUAAACUGACACGCCACUUUGUGGGCCUACGUGUGCUUGGGCAUACACUCCGUGCCAGCACCAAUGAGUUCCUCCUUCUCAUCAUCUUCCUUGCCCUUGGAGUGCUCAUCUUUGCCACUAUGAUCUACUAUGCGGAGCGCAUUGGGGCCAAGCCUAAUGACCCCCGCGCCAGCGAACAUACACACUUCAAGAACAUCCCCAUCGGGUUUUGGUGGGCUGUGGUCACUAUGACUACUCUGGGUUAUGGAGACAUGUACCCACAGACAUGGUCGGGCAUGUUGGUGGGUGCUCUGUGUGCCCUGGCUGGCGUGCUCACUAUUGCCAUGCCUGUUCCAGUCAUUGUCAAUAACUUUGGGAUGUACUACUCGCUGGCUAUGGCAAAGCAAAAACUACCAAAGAAAAAGAACAAGCACAUCCCACGUGCCCCACAUCUGGGUUCUCCAAAUUUCUGUAAGUCAGGCACGAACUCGCCCCACCACAGCACACAGAGUGACACAUGCCCGCUGGCUGCCCAGGACGAGGUUUUAGAAAUGAACCGAGCAGAUCCCAAACUGAACGGCGAGGCGGCUAAGGCAGCGCUGGCCAAUGAAGACUGUCCACACAUAGACCAGGCCAUUUCUCCCGAGGAUGGACAGAUUUUUAGCUCCUGUGAACCACGGGGGGAAACUCCAUGUUUUCUACUAAACAUGACUGGCCGAGCCACACACCCUGGCGCCAGAGUGAGAAAAGCUGGAAUGUUCUCGGGGAGGGCAGGGGGGGAGCUGGCUGGUCCCACGCUAGGCUACCCACUGUUGCAGCUAGGGUGGACACACAGCCAGGAGGAUGGCCAUGCCAGAGUCACCACCUGACUACCAGCCCCACUGUAAUCACAAAUAGCAGAGCGAAAAAGCCUUUUAGGACAGCAACUAAGACAUCCUCCAUCCCCUGCUGCUUGAGAGAUCCCUGUCAUAUUUACACUAUAUUUAAAUCAGAUAGGGAAAUACCACGUGUACACCUUCAUCCUCCUGCAGCUAUCCAAGCUAACCAAGACUGUUUAGAUGGAAAUUCAUCAGCUUGUUAGCGUUCAACUACAAAGCCAGAAGCAAGGGGUAGGUCAUAGAAAAACAUUAUAAGCAAGAAAGCUUUCAGCAAGGUCUUUUUCUUCCCUUGUAGCCAGACUGGAGAUGGUCGUAUAUCUAUUUAUAAUAUUCUAAACAGAGGCUACGUAAGACCAAUAAGAGUUGAACCAGAGUGUCAUCACUAGCCAAGCAAUAGCACUGUCUCUCUGUGUCUUGUGUCCAGCUCUGUGUGAGCAUGCUCUGUUUAAUUCCACGUUUCCACUUUUAGAAGCACCAUAAGAACAAUCAACAGCUACACACCACACACACUUCUCCUACACACACAGUAUAUUUCUGUCUCAGUUUGCUGUUUAAAAUGUGUUGAUUGUGUUUAUAAGAGCUUUUGUCAGUCUUAAUGUAUUUUUAUGUACAUAUGUAGGCUAUGUGAGCAAAGGUGUGUGUGUGUGUGUGUGUGUGUGUGUGUGUGUGUGUGUGUGUGUGUGUGAGAGAGAGAGAGAGAGAGAGAGAGAGAGAGAAAGUCCAAUGUGUUUGGGUGUGUUUUUGGGUGUAUGAGUGGAUGUUGCUGUUCUGUAUUUUGGUGUGCUGCUAUGUGAUGCAUGUUUUGGACCAGUUUAUGGGCCUCCCAGCAUGCUUUGUCCUACCGCUGGUAUAGGGCUGGUAUUGGUUGGGAGAAAGGGGUCCUGUAGUGAGGACAAACAGAUAAGUUAUAACGGGUAGUAAUGAAUAGGCAAAUGAUCUUAGUGUUGAUCUUGAUGACAGCCAUAAUAGUCACUUCUGGUAACCUUUCUAACCAGAUCGUUUCUCGGCAGUGAUUUCAAUAUUGCUUUUACCAAGGGAUUUUUGGGCCAUAUCUACUAAUGCUAUGCAGCAAAUCUGCCUGAUAUUGCAGACAGGAAGACAUGCAAAACUGUGUAUCUACUGAACCAGCACAUAUGUUAAAGUAACGUUUCUAUGUUUUGGCCACACUGCCAUUUUCAAUCUGUUUCCAAGAUUUUUCCAUCAACAAUAAAGUACAAAGAUAAUAGAAAAAGGCAUGACAGAUAUCUGACAUGGGUGUUUAACUCAUGAUCUUUACAUCAUUUCUGUUAUUUUCAAUGUCUGCAGUCACUUGCUGUAUGGCACACUGAGACAAUGAGCAUUAAACACACUUUGUUGCAGCUACAGUAUUACUUGUAUACUGUACAAAGUGAUCUAAAAGGAAAUUAAUUCAUUAUUUUCCAAAAGACGUGUUUUCUGUGGUAGAAUUUGCCAUUUUAACGUGGAUAGAAAGACAAAGUGGAUAUGUUUUCAUUGAUGGUGUGGAUUUUAAUACAAGAAACAUGAGGUGAAAGGCAGGACACAAGUGUGUGAACUCAGUAUAAGCUUUAUUUAGGUAAAAUCCAUAGCAGGGGUCCAAAUUUAGGCUGGCAGUAUUAAAUUUAAUACAUAAUCUACUGUAUGUCAAAACCAGGAAGUACAAUGAAGCAAGGCUUGGACUAAAUGUUAUAAAAAGUAUAAUUAAACUUUGCAAUGCUACAAAGAAACAUCAAGUUAUACGUAGACAACCUAAUCAAAGAGUAACACAGAACAGGUGAACACAAUCAGGUAACAAACCAAUGAUAUGAUGGGGUGGAGACAAGACUAAAAUAGAAAAACAAAUCAAACGAUGCAAAGGGGGAAACAAUUAGUUCAGCAAAGUAGUUCAAAUUUGUGCUUGGUAAAUUUUAAAUGUUAGUGAACCGGUUACUAGAGUAGGCCUUAGUAAAUAUGGCCCUUUCCCCCUCUUGAACUACAAACAAAUUUUCCAAAUACCUCAAACAUAUUUGUAGCUUUUCUCUUGCACCUUGUUCUUCGGUCAUCCUCUAUCCUACCUGAUACCAGCCCUCUGUGCAUGUGUGCUCUUUUUAACUGCAUGAAACCUGACAGCUGGUAAAAUGACCCAGAACAGCUGACAACUCAUCCAGAUAUAAA